AUGCUGAAUUAUUUCAAAGCAAUUGUUUGUUUAUUUACUGGAGGAGGCAACCUGGGACAUAUUGCAAGUUUGGAAUACCCUCUACCUGAAAAUCCUGAUGAGAUGUGCCUUAUAUCUCUGAAAUAUGAAAAUUUAAAACAUCAAAGACCAAUCAAGCAAUCUUUGAGUUCUUCACUGUGCAGAGAAUCUCACUGGAAGUGUCUCCUUCUCUCAAUUCUGAUAUAUAGUUGCCUGGGGGCUAUAGCUUGGUGCCAACUCACACAAGUCACUAAGCUCAGUUUUGAUAGUUCUUUCAAAGGCAAGUCUAUGAUUUACCAUGACAGUCCUUGCUCGGAUGGCUAUGUGUAUAUUCCAUUAGCAUUCCUUGUUAUUCUUUAUGUGGUCUACUUGGUGGAGUGUUGGCAUUGCCGCACCAAAAGUGAACUUCAAUACAAAGCUGAUGUGGAAAGUGUCUAUGAUCGAAUUGCCAGAAUGAAACAGGCCACACCGUGUAUAUGGUGGAAAGCCAUAAGCUACCACUUUGUCCGACGGACAAGGCAGGUAACUCGGUAUCGCAAUGGUGACUCUUAUACAACAACUCAGGUUUACCAUGAGAGAGUCAAUACCCAUGUGGCUGAAGCAGAGUUUGACUAUUCCCACUGUGGAUUCAAAGACAUAUCUAAGGAACUCAUGGGCCUGGAAUGGUUUUCCACCACAAGACUAAAGUUCACGAAAUGUUUCAGUUUUGCCAACAUGGAAUCUGAGAACUCUUACUUGGCACAGAGAGCUCAUUUCUUCACAGAAAUAGAAGGUCUGGAUGAUUAUAUGGAGAUCAGGGAAGGCAUGAAACUCAAAAAUAUAGACUUCAAAGAAGUCAUGAUGGCUUAUGGAGACCCAGAACAUCUUCCCUGGUAUGUAUCCCAUUAUGCUUUCUGGGUGGCUGCUUUGAUGAUGAUUUCAUGGCCACUGAGAGUCUUCAUGGAAUAUCAGACUGCACAUGUACACUACCAUGUGGAGAAACUUGUUGGCCUGGAGUACAGUGUGCCUUCUGUGGCAGAGGAGCCCCUCUACAGAUACCGAAUCCCCAGGGUAAGCACUCAGGACAGUACUGAGCUUGAGUGGCACAUCUGCAGCAAUCGCCAGCUGAUUCCCAGCUAUUCCGAGGCCAUGCUCCUGAACCUGACCCAUUCUUCCGUAGGCAACAGUUACUCGAUUCGCAGAUACAGUGAAAUCACUCAUGGCUGUGAGACUUGCCGUCAUGCCUCCAGUACCUCCUCUAUCUUUUCUCGCCACAAUGGCAGUGCAAACUCACAGCUCUCUCUGAACACUAGCCGCUUCUCCUUAUGCCAACUUCAUGGCUCUCACAGGACAGGACUCUGGAGAAGUCACAGCAGCAGCAUCACUGACCGUGGUUGUCAGGAUGACCAAUGCUGCUCCCACUCUAGCCAACUGGUUAUCAACGAAAACCCACCCACUUACCAAGAAGCUCGUUUUUUCCCAGUACUAAUUGUCCAUAGGUCAGAGGGCCAGGAAAGGAGACACUUCUGUCUCCGCCGUGCUUCCUGCCUGGAGACCUCGCUCUGA